AUAAUAAUAUUGAAAAAAAAACAACGACGAGAUAACAGAGUAACAGAUUUGCACUUUGCCGAGCACAGACUAUACCGAGUAGUAUUCACGUAUAUAGUACGGACGUCAGUGUUCGGUGUGCAAGUAAUAUUUUGUAAUUAAUUCUCGUGUCCGUUUGUCCGUUUGCACACGACGAGAGCAUUAAAAAACAAUAUUAUGUCAAGACUAGAAAUUUCGGUACCGCCGAUCGCCUUCCCACUCCGGUCUAUAUAGACCUUAAGGGUCUGCACCCACCUGAUCUGCCUACGUUCGAUCGCCUAAUCCGUUUCAGACGUCCCCGCGGCCAUAACUCAUAAUCGUUGUAUCACAGUCGUGUAUUUCGUGGAGUGCGGACAUCGUCGUCAAUGGCAUUUCGAGAAGCUGUCGUACGCACGUCUGGUCGUCGUCUCGUAGUAGACAUCCAUCGACAAUCGCCGAGACCAUAAUACCAAUACGAUAUUGUAGUUAUUUUCGUAUUGUCGUCUAUCGUGCUUCUGUGCAAUGUCCGUCACCGUACAGCAAAUUUUGUCCGACGCCAAGCGAUUGGCGUCCAAACUCAAAGAGCACGACACAGCGGCCGAUGCGUUGUUGUCCCAAGCCCAGUUCGUCUACAAGAAGAUCGACGCCAUGAAACAAUAUACGGACGAUUUGUCGGAACUCAACGACAUGGAAGAAGGAGGUCUCCCACAUGAAGAACUGGUUAACUCUAUUCGUACUGAAAGCCGGCAGCUUCAAGAGAUUGUACGCGAAAACCGCAUAUUAAGAGCAAUGGUUGCUGAGCACCAGACUGCGCUAGAAAUGAUCAUGAGCAAAUAUCGGUCCCAGGUUUCACAUCUCGUUGCUCAAAGCAGCGCCGACCAGCUUGUUAAUAAUAUCACAGCUAAGACAAUAGAAGAGAAAAAUGUUUUGAUCAUUCAACAGGAAGAACGUAUCAAAGAAAUGAUGGCUGUCAUGAGUCUCGCCUCUCGUUUAGAGGCUGAAGAAGCAAGUAAAAAGGAAGAAACUAUUGGCAGGUUACAAAUUGAAAACCAAACACUUAGAAAACUAUUGAAAAUAUCCACUGAUCUAUCUGUAGAAAAAGGACCAGACAAGAUUUUGGAAUCUACGUAAUCUUAAUACAUUACCAUUGCUAUGUCAAAAUACUCCCGAAAUAUUAAAUUCAAAUGCCAU